AUGCGGCCUGCUUCAGGUGUGUGUUCGCCUUCCUCCGCCUCAGCGCUGCCUUCUCCCUCAGCCUCUUCAGUGGCUGUGACUUCGUCGGCGGGACUUUCUCUCUCUCCUCCUCCGCCGUCGUCUCCGGGAGAUCUCCCAGGCACCAUCAAGAAGCUCCGCUCGGCUUUGAGGCGUCUGAGGUAUCCUCCAGCUCUUCAGCAUCCCCUCCUUCAGAGGACAUCUGGCACAUACUCUCCAGGGCUGAGUGACGAAUGCUUGAGCCGGGGGGAUGUCACGGAAUUUCUCGCAAUUUUUCACUUCCUUUGCCUCCAAUUGAGCGAAGGCGUUUGGCGAGCGUUUCAGGACCGAGGCUACGAUCUUCUUUACAAGACUGAUCAACGCUUCGUUCAAACUCUCUGGAAGUUCCUGCGGGACGAGUGCAACUACAGGCCAGCGUUGACUGUGUCCCAGUUUUUGUCACCAACGGGAUUCGCGGAACGGAAGAUCCACCUGUGUCUGGAUCUCAUCCACAUUUGCCGACAAAUUCACAACAACCACGCGGCCCAGCAUCAUCCGCGCCGGCCCCGGAGUAGCCAGAGCCCCCCGCUCUCUGCGGGGGCUUUGGUCAGUAGGGGCGACUCGGAGGAUGAGAACAAAUGUCCCGGGGCGCGAGGGACCAGAGGCUCGCUCCAAGCGUCAGUUGCAAGCAGCCACUCGGCGCACAGCCUGACGCCAAAGGGACGCAAUGACAUCCAUGAGCCAGUGCUCGCCCCAAGGCCGGGGAAGUCCGCGGACUACUUUCUCCGUUCCCCCUCAAGAGGGCGAACCGGGCCUGUGGCGGCCUCCGGCAAGCACAAGGAAAGCAGGCAAUUCAAAGAUGCAGACAACGUGAGCAUGUCAGCUCCGCUGACGAACGGAUGGCAGCCUUCACCAUGGAGCGCGAGUGGGCAUCCGGGAGGCCCGCGGAGAGACGAUAAGGUAGAUAGCGCCCCCCAAAACAGCGACACCUCUGCCGUUUCCUCGCGCGUAGGAGGAGCGAACGGUCUGGCGGCGACAAAAGGAUGCGCAGAGACAUUUCCCGGAUGCGUCGGCCUCGCUGGCGAAGCCACUUUUAGAGGGUGGGGCGGCCUGCAAGGGCAAGCGGGCGGCGAAAUUGCCAUGAGUGCCCAGGUGCUUCAUGUUCUGAUGGAGCAAGUCUCUAACUUGAGUAGCAAGGUGGGCGCCUUCAGCGAGCAUGUGGCCUCGUCGAUCGACGAGUUGCACCUUCAGCUUCAGCUUCUGCAGACGCGCGUGUCCAUCGUGGAAAGCCGCCUCGCUUUUUCUAUCACGGACUCAGCGCCCAAAGCACCGGCAACAGCGUCUCCGGCGAGUCCCCAGACUUCUGAGGACUUCUUGCAUGCGACCGCAAGUUCCAGCCGUUCCAGAACGGCGACUUUCGCCGACGGCGGCAAGCCAACUGCGCCGUCAGGGGCCUCGCCUCCUGUCUCUUCCCCGGUGGCAUCCUUCCAGCCGCAGGCUGCUGCAGCGCCUUCAUGGCAGCCUGGACGUGGAGGCGUCCCAGUGAACGAGCCUACUGCGCCCGCGCGGCCGCUUGUCGAGGCUCGUGGGCAGGCCUGCGCCUCUGUCUCUCAAGAACAGCCAGCGGCGAGGCCAGAGGCCGCACGAGUGCUUUCUGUACAGAUGCCGUCGAGGAGGCUUGCGAGUCCGUGCGACACGAGACUGGAGUGCCUCGCGGACCAGCCAGCAGGGUCGCCUUCUGAAGGGCGCAGGCAGGGGGAGCACGCCUGUGACGAAGGCAGCGCGGACUCACGGCCAGCAGCAGCGUCGCAUUGGCAAGCGCAGGAGGAUGGCACCAGCCCCCAGACAGAAGCGCGCUUUUUUGCGUCUGAGGAAACUGAGUUCCUCGCGACCACUUCCGCCCCCGAAAAGUGGGGACUAGAGAAGGGGGAGGGGUCCGCCCCAACUCAGGGCCUUCUGGACCCUCUUGACGUCGAGAUGCAACAGAAUGUCCUUCGGAUCACGGAAAAACUCAACAGUCUCCAAGCAGUACUCCGGCGUUCCACCAGGAAAGCCGACUGUGCCCCUGUGUCCUACUCCUCUGCUGCCGUGGGAGCGCCUUCUGUGCGAACGCCUCUGGGAGCGCGGUCGCCUAGUCACGUAGGCGCGUAUGGCCCUGUUUCAGGCGAUACAGGUAGCUCGUCCGUUUGCUGUGGAAGUGCCAUUUUCGCGUCUGACCUCGACUCUUCAGGGCCGAUCCUACCGGGGUAUGGAGCGGCUGCGCCACGUCGCAGCGCGGAUGCAUUCAGAAUACUUCAGCGGUCAUCCCCCCUGACGCCUGCGGCGCAGGACCGCGGCCCCGAUUCUGGGUCGCCCGCAGGCGGCGCCGAGGCGUCCUCUCCUGUGGACACUCCAUAUCACGCAGAGGAGUGGACGUGUAGUUUUUCGAAAACCUCCGGGAGCACAGAAGAGAACCGAGGUAUGGUGACCGACGCACCAGGGCUUCCGUCUUUUGCGGCCCAAGCGAUGGGGUCGGAUCGAGGGACAGGUCAGGGCGUUCGCGUGUCGAAAAAAGCGUCAGCGGCCCCUCGAGGCACAGUGGGAGAUAGCUGCAGUCCUGCGUCAGACGGAGGGAAGGCGCGGGGAGCGGAGCGCGCCGAAGGGAUGGAACGCAUUCUCACGAGUCACUGUUCGGAGCCGGCAGAGAGAGGCCAUCAGAGCCAACAGACUCCCUUUUUUGGUCUCAGCUGCAGCAGCGACGGCGCAGGCAGUGAACUGCUCGACUCCUCCACGGCGUCGGCCUCGAAAGCCACGCCCCCCUAUCGCUUGCCACAGGAUCUGGGGAGCAGCAGUGAUUUGCGUGGAGUUUUUUCUCCUGGGAAGUAG